AUGUCUGCAGGUCAAAUUGACACCCUUCUUGACCUCUGGGCAGCAACACUUAUCAAACAUCAGGACAGUCCUCCAUUCACCGGCCACCGGGACCUAUAUGAAACCAUCGAUUUGACUCCUCUUGGCGAUGUUACUUGGGAGACUUUCUCAAUGUCCUACAAUGGAGUUAAACCGGCCAAUAAUGUUCCGCCAUGGAUGACCACCAAGUACGACGUGUGGUUCCAUGAUCCACAUCUACUUGUUCACCAUAUGCUUUCAAACCCUGACUUCGCCACUGAAAUUGAAUAUGUCCCAUAUUGGGACUAUACCGACGAGGAUAAACGCUGUUAUAAGAACUUUUUCUCUGGUGAUUGGGCUUGGAAACAAGCCGACAUUAUUGCAGAGGAUCUGGAAACCCACAGAUCAACAUUUGUGCCUCUAAUCAUUGGCAGCGACAAGACUAUGGUCUCAGUGGCCACAGGACACACUGAGUACCAUCCGCUCUAUCUCUCAAUCGGAAACAUUUUUAAUGGAGUUCGAUGCGCACAUCGCAAUGGCGUGGUGCUGGUAGGCUUCUUGGCUAUUCCAAAAAGCACAAAGGAACAUCUUGAGGACAAAGACUUUUGCAAUUUCCGCCGUCAAAUGUUUCACUCCUCACUUGCCAAGAUAUUUGAUUCCGUGAAGCUGAAUAUGACAAUCCCCGACAUUAUGCGCUGUCCUGACAGCCAUUAUCAGCAUGUCAUAUAUGGGUUAGGCCCAUACAUCGCCGAUUAUCCAGAGCAACUGGUGCUUUCAGGAGUUGUUCAAAACUGGUGUCUGAAAAUCUCAAAGGUGACGGGCCAUCUUUGCUCCAGUGCAGAGAACACACUGACCUCCUGGUUUGAGAGCUCCAGCAUGCCCACCUCUGAUACGAGUAUGCCUUUCACAAAUUAUUUUCCUCGAGCAGAUAUCCAUGAACUUCUCUCUCCAGACCUCCUGCACCAAAUCAUCAAAGAGCCGUUCAAGGAUCACCUUGUCAACUGGAGAUCAUGGAUGACAUUGAUUGAAGCGGCAGUCGCCCCUUUUGCAGGUUUAUGGCGCUUUCCAGAAGGGCGCGGAUUCAAGCAGUGGACAGGUGAUGAUUCCAAGGCUUUGAUGAAGGUCUAUCUGCCUGCCAUUAAAGGUCAUGUUCCUCGAGAUGUAGCGCUGAGAAAUUGUAAUCAUGAGUCACUGGAUGACAACAAUGACAACAACAAUGAUGCAGUCACAGACGCACCCCAAGCACAUCUGAACUGUCUGUGUGUCAAUGAACUGCAAAACCAGACUGCUGAGGGAGAUGCAGCCGAUAUCAUUGAUGGACCUACUGUCCAAGCUCAUGUGGAACUUGCUGCGAUGCCCGUGUUGGGUGGUGCACGCAAUGUUUCUGCACUCACGCGUGACCUCGAGCUUCCGAACUUCCCUACAAUGAUCCAACAAUUUCUUCAUGACCAACUUCAUAUCGCGGACCACAAGCCCCCAAUUUUGACCCUGCGACAGCACUAG